AUGGCGGUCGUCUCCAAGAUGUCAGAGGGAGGCAACGAACUUCAGGAAGAGCCCAUCAGCGAGGAACUUUAUCAGCCCGAGAGAGAACUCCAGCAGGUGGAGCGUAACCAGAGCAUUAGGGAGACCCGUUCCAAUCGCACUCGGCAUCAGCCAGAGUACGCAGCUUGGCCGACGGCUUCCUUCAACGAGCGCCUCAGUCCUUACACCAGCGAGCAGAACUCUGAUUUCGACCUGUACUCAGUCAGGGAACCGAUCGGCUCAGGCAGGGGACGGAUCCCAGUUCCCCCGGCUGGACCCCCUCCGCCAUAUCCUUACGACGAGGAAGUUGAGCAUAGCAGAGGUGUCUCGCGUGGUUCGAACUCGAACAGAGAAACUCCUGCCAGGCGCUUUUGGAAUCGUCUUCGUCGACCUGAGCGCAGGGUUCCACCUGUGGACAACGUCCCUCGUCUGACUGGACAGCAGGCUCGUGCCACGAGUGACGCCCGUGAGCCUCCGCCAUACUCUCUAUUUGAGCCCUCUGGACAGAAUCACGAAGACGACGAGAGUGACUUCAAUGAAAUCAUUCAACUUGUGAGACCUGGACUCUCCUACGGCGACGAUCCUACCUUGGAUGAAUUCUGUCGCCUUAUGAUAGCUGGACGGCGUCAGCAGAGCAAUCAGUCAGCACCAGCGCGGAACCUUGCAGACAACGACAACGACGCUGACAUCAGUCAGUACUUUCAAUUUGUGAGCACUGAACGGCACCCGGAGAGCAACCAGCCAGCAACAGAGCAGAAUCCUGCAGGCAACGACAACGACGGUGACUUUAGUCAGUACUUUCAGCUUGUGAGCACUGAACGGCACCCGGAGAGCAACCAGCCAGCAGCAGAGCAGAAUCCUGCAGGCAACGACAACGACGGUGACUUUAGUCAGUACUUUCAGCUUGUGAGCUCUGAACAGCAUCCAGAGAGCAAUCAGAAUCAGCCAGGUGCAAGUGCAAUAGAAGAUCUCCAAGGAGACCCUGAGCUCCCUCCAUACUCCCCAUCCGAAGAAUACGAAGGACAGCUGGAAGUCGACCCGUGGGAUGGACAAGACCCGUGGGAGUUCUAUCUAGCUGCUAUCGAGGCUGCUCAGAAUCCGCCGGAUGGCCAGCCAAGACCAUUCCCUGACAUGUGGGAGGUGCAUCUAGAGUGGCUUCGCACUAUUGAGCGCAAUCGUGCCCCGGUAAACAGAGCCGCACCCUGA